AAAAGGCCUCCCUUUACACUCAUUCUCUCUCAGUCUUUAGCUCUAAGCCAUCCCAAUACAUUCUCUCAUCAUCCACUCCUCACCGUUGAUAAUAAAAUAACCCCAUUUGUGCUGCAUGGUCUGCAGAAAACUUGCCUCAGACGUGCCUGCAUGGAGUUGUAGGAGCCCUUUUAGAUUGUAAAUCGAUUUGUUCAUUUUUGUAAAGGGCUCCUAACCCUCCAAGACUUUCUCAUCCCUUGCAAAGAUGGGAGAAAUGUCGACACUCCAGUUUGGGGUUAUUGGCGCUCUGUUCCUUUCAGUCGCAUCAUCCGUCUCCAUUGUCAUCUGCAACAAAGCUUUGAUGAGUAAUCUUGGCUUCCCUUUUGCUACUACGCUCACUAGUUGGCAUCUCAUGGUGACAUUCUGCACCCUACAUGCGGCGCAACGCUUGAAUUUUUUCGAGUCGAAGUCAACUGACACAAGGACUGUAAUACUCUUUGGCCUUCUAAAUGGGAUUUCAAUUGGACUUCUCAACUUGAGUCUGGGUUUCAACUCCAUUGGAUUUUAUCAGAUGACAAAACUUGCAAUCAUACCUUUCACUGUAUUAUUGGAAACUAUUUUCUUGAAAAAGCAAUUCAGCCAGAAGAUAAAGUUCUCUCUCUUCCUCUUACUGAUAGGAGUAGGGAUUGCCUCUGUGACUGAUCUUCAGCUCAAUUUAGUGGGGACGAUUGUCUCUAUUUUAGCCAUCAUAACAACCUGUGUUGGGCAAAUUCUGACAAACACAAUACAAAAGAGGCUGAAUGUCUCUUCAACUCAGCUGCUCUACCAGUCAGCUCCAUUUCAGGCAGCCAUUCUCUUUGUCUCAGGCCCUCUGGUUGAUCAGUUCCUCACCAAGCAAAAUGUCUUUGCCCACAAAUAUUCUCCUCUAGUUUUGUUAUUCAUUGCUCUUUCGUGCCUCAUAGCCGUGGCUGUGAACUUCAGCACCUUUCUGGUUAUUGGCAAGACUUCCCCGGUUACAUACCAAGUGCUAGGCCACCUAAAGACAUGCCUUGUUCUUGGCUUUGGGUAUACACUACUCCAUGACCCGUUCACAGAGAGGAACAUCAUUGGAAUCUUAAUUGCAGUUUGGGGCAUGGGAUUAUAUUCAUAUUUUUGCACCCAGGAGAGUAAAAAGAAACAAUUAGCUGAUGCUUCAAUGGUAUCUCAGAUUAAAGAUAAAGAUACAACACCACUUUUGUCCGCAAAGAGCAUGGGUCACCAAGAUAAGGAAAGUCAAGAGACUAAGAUAUCAACCAAGGACUCUGCUGUUUAAAUGAUAGGCAUUGUUACCAAAGUUUCUAUGUAUUAUGGUUCUUUCCAUAUUGAAGACAUUUUUUCCCCUGAUAAACUCCAGACAUAUUGCUGAGUGUAAAUGGUUUUGAUUCUUUGAAUAAAUUCUCUCUUUCAGUA